UAGCGUUCACGCGAUAUGAACUGACGGGAAAAGUAGAUCCGUCCCUGGGAAUAUCAAUCCAAAAAACAUUCGCAUUUCCUUCUGUUGGUCAAUCAUCGUCUUCAUGGAAACCCUAAGGACCUCCGUCUGACCGCCGAUUUUAUCUCACCUGACUUCCCUUAUCUACAGAGUGGUUUGGCGAUAAACGUGACAGCAUCAGUGGUUUAGUUGAUUGAAGUCUGAUAGUCCCAAUAAGAUCCUUGCAAAAAUGGCUAUGUUAUUCACCUCAAAAGGGACAUGUUCGGUUCUUUUGACCUACAUGGUUUUUCUCUUACAUGUCUGCAAUGGUUUUUAUUUGCCUGGAAGCUACAUGCAUACAUACUCAACUGGCGAAGAAAUAUUUGCCAAAGUUAAUUCAUUGACAUCUAUCGAGACGGAGCUUCCCUUUAGUUACUACAGUCUACCAUACUGCUUGCCCUCUGGAGGAAUAAAGAAAAGUGCCGAGAAUUUAGGAGAACUACUUAUGGGUGACCAAAUCGACAACUCUCCCUAUCGUUUCCGGAUGAACAUCAAUGAAUCUGUUUUCCUCUGCACCGCACAUCCAUUAAGCGAGCAUGAGGUAAAGCUCCUGAAACAGAGAACACGGGAUCUGUAUCAAGUUAAUAUGAUUCUGGAUAACCUGCCUGCAAUGAGGUUUGCCAACCAGAAUGGAGUUAUAAUUCAGUGGACAGGGUUCCCAGUGGGAUUUACACCCCCCAACAGUGAUAACGAUUACAUUAUCAAUCACGUCAAGUUCAGGGUCUUUGUACAUGAGUAUGAAGGUACAGGUGUGCAGAUACUUGGCACGGGGGAAGAAGGCAUGGGUGUGAUAUCAACUGCUGAUGAUAAGAAGAAUUCUUCUGGCUAUGAGAUUGUUGGUUUUGAGGUGUUCCCUUGCAGUGUUAAGUAUGAACCUGAAAAGAUGGCAAAACUCCACAAAUACGAUGAAGUGCCAUCUUUGAACUGCCCGUUAGAGCUGGAAAAGUCUCAAAUAAUAAGGGAACAAGAGAAAAUCUCGUUCACUUAUGAAGUUGAGUUUGUGAAGAGCAACGUGAGAUGGCCAUCUCGUUGGGAUGCUUAUCUCAAGAUGGACGGUGCUCGUGUCCACUGGUUCUCAAUCCUUAACUCACUAAUGGUGAUCUUUUUUUUAGCCGGUAUUGUUUUUGUUAUCUUCUUAAGAACGGUGAGAAGGGAUCUCACACGAUAUGAAGAAUUGGACAAAGAAUCUCAGGCACAGAUGAACGAGGAGCUAUCAGGGUGGAAACUUGUUGUUGGUGAUGUGUUCCGAGAGCCAAACAACUCCAAGCUCCUAUGUGUGAUGAUAGGAGAUGGAGUGCAGAUCACAGGAAUGGCAGUUGUCACCAUCAUAUUCGCUGCCUUUGGAUUCAUGUCACCGGCUUCACGAGGUAUGCUUUUGACCGGAAUGAUAGUUCUAUAUCUUUUCUUGGGAACUGCAGCCGGCUAUGCCGGAAUAUAUCUAUGGCGAACAAUUAAAGGGACUUCAGAAGGGUGGCGAUCAGUAUCAUGGUCGAUUGCGUUUUUCUUCCCCGGGAUCGUUUUCAUCAUCCUCACUGCAUUGAACUUCAUUCUUUGGGGCAGCAACAGCACAGGUGCCAUUCCCAUUUCAUUAUACUUCAUACUUCUGGCGCUCUUGUUUUGCAUCUCAGUGCCGCUGACCCUACUGGGAGGGUACCUGGGGACACGAGCCGAGCCCAUUCAGUACCCUGUUCGAACUAACCAAAUUGCUAGAGAGAUCCCUGCACAAAAAUACCCUUCGUGGCUACUUGUGAUCGGUGCUGGAAUCCUUCCAUUCGGAACCCUCUUUAUUGAACUAUUUUUCAUCCUUUCUAGCAUCUGGCUUGGAAGAUUCUACUAUGUAUUUGGGUUUUUGCUUGUCGUUCUUCUGUUGCUGGUCGUUGUUUGUGCUGAAGUUUCUGUGGUUCUGACCUACAUGCAUCUUUGUGUCGAGGACUGGCAGUGGUGGUGGAAAGCUUUUUAUGCAUCAGGGUCUGUCUCUCUUUACGUCUUCCUGUACUCCAUGAAGUAUUUGCUUUUCGACCUUAAGAGUUUAAGUGGUCCGGUAUCAGCCAUACUGUAUCUUGGAUACGCACUAAUCACGGCAACUGCAAUCAUGCUGUCUACCGGCACCAUCGGCUUCAUUACAUCUUUCUACUUUGUCCAUUAUUUAUUUUCGUCCGUGAAGAUCGAUUAGGGACCCACAUGACAUAGGCAGACAGCAGACGGAGAUCCAAAUCUAAUAUAUAUUCGACAUCAACAUAGAAGGGGUGUACAUUUUUCGGUGGCUUAUCGAGGUUAGAGAUUCUGGUGGCAAUAUAUCUAUCUUGUUUAUGUUCUGCCUUUUUCCAUAACUGAUUAUAAUUGCAAGGUCUUGUUUGUUCCAACAUUUUGGAGGAUUAUGGUCUUUGUUAUGGGUCAGAUUUAAAUGUUCUUCAUACUUUUGUGUUAUGGGAUUUGGCAAAUUGCUUUC